AUGGGUGCCUUGGGUGUAUUGUUUGGUAUCCACCGAACCAGUGCGUCGCGCAUCUUCUACACGAUUCUAUAUGUGCUCUAUGUUAGUACGCAGGGAUGGAUCCAAUGGUUUUCUAGAGAUGUUGUUCAUGCAUCAAUGCCUGCAUCGACCUGGUCGAAGUAUCCUAAUUGUAGGGUUAUCGUCGACUGCAGUGAAGUCCGGAUUGAGAAACCGAGCAAAGUCUCGGACAGAGUGAACCGCUGGAGUAAUUACAAAAGUGACUUCACGCUGAAAUUUCUUGUUGGCAUCGCGCCAUCUGGGUACAUUACAUUUAUUUCAGAUGUUUAUGGCGGAAGGGCAAGUGACACUUACAUCAUAGCAAACUCUCGGUUGGUUAGCCUGCUAGAACCAGGUGAUAUGGUUAUGACCGACAAAGGGUUUCCUCGCGUGAAGUGCGACUUGGAGAGUAAAGAUGUGACUCUCGUUAUGCCACCAUUUGCAAGAGCUAAUGAACAGUUCACGGAGGCAGAGAUGAAGGAGACAUACAAGGUUGCAUCUCAUCGAAUUCAUGUUGAGAGAUGUAUCCAGCGGAUUAAGAGUUUCGCAAUCUUGAGCCAGAGGUUGACGCCAAAACUCAAAUACCACAUAGACAAAAUUUUACAUGUAUGUAGCAUGCUCGCGAACCUGCAAGGUCCCGUCAUUAAGACUCUGUGA